UUAAGUGCCACUUUGGAAGCCUACAAUGAGGGUGCGUCGGUAAUACUGGUGGAAGGUGAACGCAGCUUAGGAGGUAACAGUGCGAAGGCGUCAAGUGGUAUGGCUGCGUGUAACACAGAAGCCCAAAGGGUACGUAACAUCAGCGACUCGACAGAUUUGUUUUAUUCGGACACAAUGGCAUCUGGCGAUCGAGAGAACGACCCUUCGCUUGUAGACGUAUUGGUCCACGACUCGGCAAAAUCGGUUCAGUGGCUCAUUGAUUUGGGUGUUAAUCUUUCUGAUGUCAACCUGUGUGGUGGUCAUUCUGUCAAACGUGUUCAUUGGAUUCCUUCCCCCAAGCAAGGCAGACCGACACCUGUUGGACUUGGGAUCGUCAAAGUUUUGUCUAAACGAAUCAACGACAUUGCAAAGGAACAUCCUGACAAGCUAAAAAUUUAUACCGGUACUGAGGUUGUGGGCCUUGUCACGUGGAACGAUUUUGUAACAGGGGUGCGAGUACGAAACAGUUCAACAAACGAAAUUGAUGAAAUAAAUGGUAAAGCUGUUGUACUUGCCACUGGCGGGUUCAGCUGCGACCGAGGUUCAGAUUCAUUACUAGCUGAAUUUGCUCCCGAAAAAAUGUCUUUUCCGACCACGAACGGCCCCUGGGCUAGAGGCCGCGGGGUUAAAAUGGCUCGUGCUAUGGGUGCCGCAUUAGUGGGAAUGAAUCGUGUUCAGGUUCAUCCAACUGCUUUUGUUGAUCCGCAGGACCCGACAGCAAGCACUAAAAUUCUUGCAGCAGAAGCCCUUCGUGGUAAAGGAGCAAUUCUUUUGAACGAAAAAGGACAACGAUUUGGUAAUGAGCUUGGAAGGCGCGACUACUUAACUGGUCGAAUUCUUGAGAACUGUGCCACAAAUCCCACUGCGGGUGGAGCCCAUGUCGCAUACCUUCUCAUGACGGAACAGAGCGCAGACGACUUCGGUAGACCCGCAUUUAAUUUCUAUGCGGACGUCAAGGGGUUAUUUAAGAGAUUUGGAAACGCAGCAGAACUAGCUCAGUUUAUGAAGGCUGAUCCAGAAACCGUAAGGAAAACUUUGAAUGAGUAUAACGAUUACGUGAUUUCUAACGAUCCAGGGAAACAUGACGAAUACGGCAAAAAAGUGUUCCCAGCUGGUUUUCCUCCGGAUGCCCCAAUAUAUGCUGCCAUGAUUACUCCUGCCAUUCAUUACACUAUGGGUGGUCUGAAGAUCGAUAAGCAAGCAUUUGUCUUUAACGAAUUUGCCAGCAAGCCUUUCAAAGGUCUUCUCGGCGCCGGUGAGGUCACAGGCGGAGUCCACGGUCACAACCGGCUGGCAGGGAACUCAUUGCUCGAGUGUGUGGUCUUCGGCCGCAUCGCUGGAAGGAACGCUGCACGAGUUCGGUACACCGACGCAGACGUCGUUUUAAGCCGAAGUGACCUGUGA